UUUGCAUGUGCAGGUGAGCACAUCAGUGAAGUAUGACUUUUCUAUCAAGUUAGAGCUCAGGUGUCAGAGCAGUUGUCGUCUUCCUGAUCAUCUGAACUACGUCUGGUACAAGAAUCAACAGAAGAUGAAGGAAGGAGAAUCUUAUUCAGGUUAUUUUCUUCAUACAGACAGAGUUUCCUGUGCUGUUAAAGGACUCGAGGAUUUACGCUCUCCCUCAAUGUUGGUGAGGAGUCAGACUGACUGGAGUGUGAGUUACACCUCUACUGAGAUCUGUGCCUUCAGAGGAUCAACAGUGGACAUUACCUGUACCUACACAUACCCAUCCAGGUGGAAUCACCUUGAUACUACAGUUCAGGAAAAGUUCUGGUUCAUUAAAGAGAGUAAUGGGAUUCACGUUGAUCUAAAGAAUGAUUCAGAGUAUUCAGGUCGUGUGGAGAAUCUCUGUGGAAACAACAAGUGCACUCUGAGAAUCUCUAACCUGAGAGAGAGCGACUCAGCUGUGUACAAGUUCAUGUUCACAACAAACCAACCUACUGGGAGUUUAACUGGUUCAGCUGGAGUCACUCUGUCUGUCACAGGUGUCCAGGUGAUCAGCACAAAAUCAUCAAGUUGCUGGAGGGAUGACUGUUCAUGGUCACGUGUUGAGUGUCAAACCAGUUGUUCUCCAACUCCCAGUCUGUCCUACAUCUGGUACAAGAACGGACAAAAGACACCGGGAGAAAAAUCGUUUACAGCCUACUUUUAUUCAAGAGACAGUAUUUCCUGUGCUGUGAGAGGCCACGAGGAUUUCCCCUCUGCUCCAGUGUGUGUCCAUGGAAAUUCAUGCAACAGAGUGAAUUACAUCGACAGGAACAUCUGUGCCUUUAAAGGCUCCUCAGUGGACAUCUCUUGCAGUUACAACAGUCACUCUAAUCGUAUCACAUCUAAGUCCUGGUUAGUUGCUGAGCGUGAGGAUGUGCAGCUGUAUCUUCCUCAAGCUGUGGACUUACUCAAAGACCCAGAGUUCACAGCUCGUGUUCAGGUCCUUGAUCCGGAGCCAGGGCGCUCCACUCUGAGGAUAAUGAACCUGAGACUGAGCGAUUCAGCCCAGUAUCGCUUCACAUUCAAAUCACAGUGGUUUGAAUGGGACAGAAGUUUCCCUGGCACAACUCUGACUGUCACAGAUCCAGAUGUUCAGGUGAUCUGUUCUCCGAUUGGUCCAACACUGACUUGUCACAGCAGCUGUCUUCUCUCUGGUCGUCCCUCCUUUAUCUGGUUCAAGAAUGGAACAGAAGUUCACGGGGAAACGUCUCCAACUUUCAGGGGAUUCCUUCACCCUGAAAACAGCUAUUCCUGUGCUUAUGAGCAUCACCACUCGUCCCCUGUGUAUGCUCCGAAGGUUCCUUUAGUGCAGCUGAGUCAACCUGGAGACAUUCUGAAGGACAGCUCGGUGUCUCUGACCUGCAGCAGUGAUGCUAACCCACCCCCUGCAUACACCUGGUACAAGGAGAACCAGACUUUGCUCAACAGAGCAGCUCAGCUGGUUUUCAGAUCCAUCAGGUCGUCAGACUCUGGAGAAUAUUACUGCACAGCUGAGAAUGAGCUGGGGAAGACAACGUCUAAACGUGUCUUAAUAAAUGUGAAAUAUGCUCCAAAGCCUCCCUCUGUGUCAGUGAGUCCCUCUGGUGAGAUCAUGGAGGGCAGCUCAGUGACUCUGACCUGCAGCAGUGAUGCUAACCCAGCAGCUAACUACACCUGGUACAAGGAGAACGAGGACUCACCAACAGCAUCAGGACAAAUCUUCACCAUCACUAAUAUCACAGCUGAACAUGGUGGAAAGUAUCAGUGUGAGGCCCAGAACACACAAGGACGUAGUUACACCACUUUUCAUCUGACUGUUGGAGCAGGGAAGUCAGUGAUAAUCAUGAAUAUCAUCAGGCUGACUCUGGUGGUCGUGCUGGUUCCAGUGCUUGUCUGGACUCUGUGGACGAGGAUGAAGAAAACUCUGAGCUUGAAAUCAGAAGUGAAUGAAGUUGUGGAGAUGAUAGAGUCAGAAAACUGUCCUGAGUAUGAGAACGUUGCUGCUGCAGCACAGACAGAAGACACAGAGGAGCAGGAAGACCUGGUGGGAAGCAUCAGGUGCACUGUGAUUGGUUGAUGUAUGUCUGUAAGUAUGUGAGAGGAAACAGGAAGUAUCUCUCUUUCCAUCCCCAGUUGCAGCAGUUUGUACAGCAUGACCUUUAGAGCAAGAGUAUUGUUGUGUUGUGUCUUUUCUUUUUCUUUUCUGAUGGGUCCAGUCAACCAGUUUCUGCAGCUUUAUUGUUGUUACUUUUAGUUCUGAUGUUGGUUUAGGUUGAAGGAAGAUUCUCAGGUCCUACGACCCUUUGUGGGUUGGUGUGUUGGGUUUUCCUUCUUUGUCCAUUUUGCCGGCCUGUUGUUGAAGUUGUUAUCUUUUCUGCAAUCAAUAGAUUUUUUCUUUUGCUGUUACCCUCUGAACUAUGUUGGACUUGUAACCUUGUAGACAAUUGGGCCCUGUUUAUUAUAAUUAUUAUUUAUUAUCAUUUACUAUCAUUAUUUUAUUUCCAUAUAAUAUAUACUUAUUUCUCGAUUUCCCCUUUCUGUACCAUUCCCUGCAUUCACAUAUCGUUUACCUGUUGGUUAAUUAAGCUGUCCAUCAGUGAUUGAGUAUACUGGAGUCUAAUUGGCUGUAUCUGAGGAUGCAGACCUACGAUUGGGUAGAGGGAAGUAAGCCCCGCCUUUUCACGUAGCUGUCGUCGAUGCGCAGCCACACACGAGCAGACGAGAGACAAGCAGAGAAAACUAGUAGAAGUCGUAAAACUAGUAUAACUGUAGAAACUGUGUUUAUAAAACUAUAUAAAGCAGUGGAAGUGGAAGUUGAAGGAAACGGAACCGAAGUGAGACCGAAUUGAUGAGCGUCGGGAGUUUUAUUAUUUUCGGCGGAGUCUUGGCUAGGUUUUUUGGAAUCCCUUGAAACCGUUGAGAGAUUGGAUCGAAUUCCCCUUGACGAAGGGGUGGCGAGCUAGUGAUGAAAACACCUCCUUAUCCCAAGGAGUGGAUCGGAUGACCUGUAUGAGAAGCAUCACCUCCCAUCAGGUGAACACGUGCUGAAGCGCACACGUGACCAUUGACUAACUUUUUGACUUACGACCUGACAUUUUGACUUGAAGUACAUUGAACCAAAGAACACUUGCAAGGAUUUUAUUUUGUUUUUAUUUUAUUUUUCCUUAUGGACAUUCUGCAGCCAUUUAUUGGUGUUUAAAAGAAAUUGUUUUGAAUUGUUCUAAUGUUACCGGAUAUUGAUUAUUAUUGAAAAUUGAAUGUUACUGAUUGCACUUGAAUCUAUUUUAUUAUUUUUCUAAAAGCCAAUACAAUUCAUCUAAACGUAA